AUGGCGCCACCUCGAGGAAGAGGCGGCAGGGAUCAGUCAAGAGAAUACAGAAUAUCAAGAGAACUCACAUUUAUAUUGCGCCAUGCAGCCGAGAAGGAAGGAAUAAAAAUAGACAGGCAAGGCUAUGCCAAUGUUGGUGAACUGCUACAAUAUAGAAAGCUCAAGGGCCUAAAAGCCACCCUCCCAGAUGUCCUAGAAGCAGUCUCCACCUCCGAUAAACAAAGAUUUGGCCUGCUCUAUAUCCCUGACCAACCCAGCUCUGCGGAGAUUAAGGCAGAAGAAGAGGCAACUACGGGUGAUGAGUCCUCUCUUUUGACCGCUACCAGUCAAGCGCUCGCCGCGAACGACCCAGAUGCGAAUAAUUACCUGAUUCGUGCCCGACAAGGGCAUAGCAUGAAGUGUAUCGACUCCGCUUCACUACUCACGCCACUGACACUCUCUGAAAACCCCGCCGUCCCCUUACCUGACACUGUUGUUCAUGGCACCUACCAUGCUACAUGGCCAAAGAUACUUCAAAGCGGUGGAUUAAGGUGUAUGGGGAGGAAUCACAUACAUUUUGCCAGCGGGCCAUCCAUAAGUUCAAUCCUACCUAACGGUAGAGACGGCGAGGUGGCCACUCCUUCAACCAAGGGCCGUGGACACGAUGGCGUUAUUUCUGGGAUGAGAGCGGAUGCCCAGAUACUGAUAUAUAUUGACCUUAAGCGUGCGCUGGCUGCUGGAUGCCCUUUCGGCAUAAGUGAAAAUGGUGUAAUUCUGAGUGAGGGUAUGCCCGCGGAUGGGACUGAUGAUAAGAAGAUUGGACUUGAAUAUUUCGAUAUCGUGGUCGAGAGAAAGAAUGGCUUGGGCGUCUUAUGGGAAAAUGGAGAGCUGGUGAAAGAGUCACCAGAUUGGAUGUUAAAUGCAAAAGCUCCGAUGGGGAAAGGGGGUCAGAGGGGGAAGGGGAAAGGCCAAAGUAAGGCCCCACGACUGAAAGUGGAGAGAGACACUGAAUGUGUUGAGGAGGCUUGA